AUGGCCUCAGACAAACCAUCAACGGGAAUUAUCCCGUUCGCCAAGGCGACCGAGAUCAAAAGGAUCGAUGCCAACACCUACCAAGCCAACCUGGUAGACUCAUUCUGCAUCGGCGCCGUCCCCAACGGCGGUUACGUAGCAUCAUGCAUCCUCCAAGCCGCCAUCCUUCACGGCUCCUCUCGCUCCCGCUCCCGCUCCCCUUCUAACCCGCAACCGCACGUCCUGAACGCCCACUUCGAGUACCUCAACCGCACCGAAGUCGGUCCAGCAACCAUCAUCAUCGAGGAUGUCAAGCCUGGCCGCCAACUAACCACCCUGCACGCAACCUUGUACCAAGGCGGCGGCUCGGUCCAAAUCAGCUCUUCCUCCCCCGAAGCAACCCGUGGCAAAAAACGGCUAACCGCCUACCUCGUCAUGACCAACCUCUCUUCUCUUCAAGGAAUCUCUCUCGACACCCAAUUUUUGCUGGUUCCCCCGCCCCUGACCUUGACAAAACCCAAUUUUGGCUUGCUCAAGGAAAAUAAAGACCCGAGUUGGACCAACAUCCAGCUUCCGCCCGGGUUCAGCUACAUCCGCGCUUUACAGAAUAUCAAGUUUUAUAUCCCCCGCCAGGGCCAGGUUCGGAAGUCAAUCAUCGACCUGUGGAUUUGUCUCGCUUCGGGAGAAAGGUUCACGGAUGCGACGCUGGGGUAUGUAUCCGAUUGCUGGCCGUAUGUCGUUGAGGCCUACCGGCCGAGGGACGAAAAGGAAAAUGAGGGGGCGGCGUUCAGACAUGAUGCUAAGCAUUGGUAUCCUACUGUUGUGAUGAAUGUUGAGCAGAAAAAGGCUGCACCGAAAGAAGGGUGGGAGUGGUUGAGGAUGAGAGUGAGCAGCAAGGAGGUUAGAGGUGGGAGGUUUGAUUUGGAGGUUUUGGUGAUGGAUGAAAUGGGGGAGCUGGUGGUGGUUAGUAAUCAUGUGGGCUUGGUGUUGGGGAGUGAAAGGAAUUUGGCGGGGAGGGCGAAGGGGGAGAUGAAGGGGCAGAGUCGACUGUGA